UAAAUGUAUAUGUACUGAUUGAACAAAAUAAUUUAUUUGUUGACUUUGCUUUGACAUUAAAUGAACCUAACCUAUAUUGGACGUGUCAACGUUUCAAUUGAAAACAAGAAAAUUAACAACAAAAUACAUAUUUUAUAAAAUGUAAUAUUAUGGAAAAGAAAUUGGAAGAAUACAGAGCUAAGAAACUUCGUGAAAAACAGUAUAAUGAAGCCAAGGAUAAAGUGAAGUCCUAUGUAAUGAAGUUCAUUCCAGUAAAAAAUGAUAAGAAAAAUGAAGAAACGCAUUAUUCUUUAAUUGAACAUCCUACAAGCAAUGGUGAUAUAAACAAUGAUGAAAGUGAUUCAGAGAAAACCUCUCAUGAACAAGAAUCGACAUACAUUAUUUGGAUCUUAUAUAUUCUCUAUUUCACGCUCUGGAUAACCUUAUAUGUUAUAUUUAUUAAGUUAGAAUUUGGCUGUGUCUACUUUUUACUAUCAUUGCUCAUUGGAAUGUUUUGGAAUACAAGGAAAAAGAAACCAGGAGAAAUUAGUGCAUAUUCAGUAUUUAAUGAGGGAUGUGAAAGCAUUGAUGGUACAUUAAAAGCUGAGCAGUUUGAGAGAGAAAUUAGGUAUGGUGCAGGUAGUGUUAAAUGAUUUUUAAAAAUAAAUUUUAUACAAAUGA